AUGUCCACAACAAAUACUGAAAAUACCAUUCCUAUCAUUCAACCACUUGAAUUAAUUGAUAAGUGUAUCGGAUCUUCAAUUUUUGUAUUGAUGAAGGAUGAUAAGGAGCUUGUCGGAACUUUGAGAGGAUUUGAUGAUUAUAUUAAUAUGAUUUUGGAUAAUGUGACUGAAUAUUCAUAUAGUGAAGAUGGAUCGUCUAGGACUGAAAGUAAAUUACCUUCCAUUAUUUUGAACGGAAAUAAUGUUGCUAUUCUUGCUCCAGGCUUGAGUGAACCUCCAAAACAUGAAAUUAAUCAAGAUUGUAGAUUUUAA